AUGAACACAGUAGAGCAGAACCCCUUCAAAUGUCGGUUUUGCGACGAGCUCUUCGAAUUUUCAGGCGAGCAGCCAGUCUGUCAUAUAUGUCACGCGUUUCUGUAUGAAUAUGCAAGCAGUGAUAUGCUCAAUGUCAUAAAAAAUUCGGAUGAAAAGGAGGCAUCCAACGACAGUGGGACAGAGGAGCUAGAAGUAGAAAUGCAUCAUCAGCAGGGUCCUUAUGUCUCAUCUCCGUCUUCCCCCCCUUCUCAGUGCUACAGUACUUGGUCAUCUUCUUUGCACAAAACAUGCCCCUUCCAACAAAAAUCGGUGUCUCAACUUUCACGGUACCGCCAUGAACCUAAUUAUUCUGUUUGUGACAUUAGCACACCCACCACUUUAUCAUGUUCUGCUUUGGAAAAACUGCCUACCGAGAUUCUACUCAAAAUAUUUGACUAUCUGGAUGACUUCUCUAUCUGGGGCCUCCGUCUUGCAUCCUCUCGCUUUCGUUCUAUUAUCGACAAUGAGAUACCCGAAGAAAGGUGGGCUCUUUUUGUCGCUCACCGGUGGCCAAUAUUUGUACCGCGUCAUCGCAUCUCUUCUUGGCGCCUUCUUUACCUCAAUAUGAUGGAAAGUGUCACUUGUAGUUUAUGUCUUUCUCGUAUUCAUUUCCCAGCCGUUUUAACAAUGAACGUUCCUGGAAUACGUUUCCGACGAAUCGUUUCUGAGAUUAGGAGUCUCUGUGCAGAUCCCCCCUAUGGCAUUAAGGCGCUGGCCCUUGAUACUGAUACAUAUGCACACUGUUUGGCUGGCAUUGCUGGGCCCCCGGCUUCACCUUACGAAGGAGGCCUUUUUUAUGUCCACAUUCUUAUUCCCGAUAGCCAUCCGAUGCGUCCCCCCGUUAUUCGAUUCCUUACACGUAUUCUGCACCCAAACAUUAGUUUCCAUGGCGAUAUAGGUUUAGACUGUAUUCGACAUAAUUGGAGUCUAGCGCUCACACUUGAUAAGGUGCUUUUAAGUGUACAGUCCUUGCUCACCGACCCCUACACAAAGGUUUGUAUGGAGCCUGCGAUUGGCGAGUUGUAUAACCGAGAUCGGGACAAGUUCGAGAAACUUGCAAAAUUAUGGACAUGGAAAUACGCAUGUCACGAUUACCUCUCAACACACUUCGUCUCACAGCUUUCCCUUCCAGGCUAUAUGGACUAA